AUACAAACGUUAUCGCGUGUGCGCUUCGGGAUACCAAACACAAACGUACGAGUUGAAUGAAACGAGUGUGAACAUAAUAGGUAAUUCAAUUCAGUGGGUAAUUUAUGUUCGAAGAGGACACACGUCCCCUCUUUCACCAAAAUACCGACCGGCAUUUUUGACGUCAAAAGAACACAUCCAAAAUGGUGAAGCAACGAAAAUACGUGGUAAAGAAGCCAUUCCAAGGUUUACCGAAAAAGAGUGACUUUGAAAUCGUGGAAACCGAACUACCGCCACUAAAAGAUAAUGAAAUCCUAGUCAAGACUGAGUGGGUGAGCGUAGACCCCUACCUGCGAGCGUACAACUCCCGCUAUCCCGUCCCAUAUGACCAGUUCAGUUACCAAGUCGGAGUAAUCCUGGAAUCCAAGAGCGCCAAAUAUCCAGUUGGAAAAAGAGUAGUUUCCCACAAAGGCUGGUGCGACUACUGCAUCCUGGAUACAGUACCCACGAAGGAAUUCACCAAAAUGGUCUAUUUGCUACCGGACAUGCAAGGUAUUUCACCAUCCGUUGGAAUUGGAGCUGCCGGUAUGCCGGGUAACACGGCGUACUUUGGACUCUUGGAACUAUGCAAGCCUAAAGAGGGUGAAACAGUUGUUGUGACUGGCGCCGCAGGCGCGGUCGGCUCCCUCGUUGGUCAGAUCGCUAAGAUCAAGGGCUGUAAAGUUAUCGGUUUCGCUGGCUCCGACGCCAAGGUGCAAUGGCUGGAGAAGGAACUGGGUUUCGACAAGGCAUUCAACUACAAGACCGUUGACGUUAACAAGGCGCUGAAGGAAGCGGCUCCUAAGGGAGUAGACUGCUACUUCGACAAUGUCGGCGGCGAGAUCAGCAGCAUCAUCAUCAACCAGAUGAAUGACUAUGGUAGGGUUGCUGUGUGUGGAGCGAUCAGUGCAUACAAUGAGGACCCUACGAAGAUUCCCAAAGCGAGUAUACUGCAACCAGCUUUGGUAUUUAGGCAGCUGAAAAUUGAGGGGUUCCUAGUGUGGAGAUGGGGAGAACGCUGGACCGAAGGUGUCACUCAACUUAUCACAUGGAUUAAGGAGGGAAAACUGAAGGCCAGAGAGCACAUUACGGAAGGAUUCGACAAUAUCUUCGAUGCGUUUGUCGGUAUGCUGAACGGAGAGAACACUGGCAAAGCCGUGGUUAAGAUUUAAUGUGAUAUUCGUUUUUAUUUUAAUGUUUUGUUUUAUAAUUACACUCGUUAUAUGCCUUGCAUUCACAACUGUAGUUAUUAAUAAUAUACAUAUUUCUUUAUAAA